AAAGAGCGGCGCACAGUUUAGACGUUAACAUGCGAGUGCUCGAAUCGAAUUAAUUCAAAUUGAAGCAUCAAGAGUGACUGCAACGAAUCCAUACAUUAUUGUGUUAAAGAGACAUUGUGAUAGUGAAUGAUAUUUGGAUUUGAUUCUCAAGUGUCGAUUGAAACCAUUUUUCAUAUAUGCAUCAGAGGAUAUAUAUGAUUACAUCAAAAACGGAAAAAUGAGAUUAAUAAAGAAAACAAAAAGAGCCCGAAAUUUAUGAAGAGUGACUUUUUUCCAGUAAUUUUGACACAGAACAUAGUUCUGGUUUCGUGUGGAUGCUGUCAUGAAACUUAGACUAUUUUCAUUUUAUAGUGUCACACACAUCAAAUGUUAUUUUGAGUGGUAUUAAUAAGUGCGGAUACUUCUGAAUUUUCUAACCAAUUGACACAUUUUCAUUUGAAGUGAAGCAACAUCAAUACAAACAUGUUUUCUCUUGUGUUUUUCGAUUUAAACAUUCUAAAGAUAAAUAAGUGAAAGUCGACGAUUUUAACGGGAAAAAUACUAAAUUUGCUGAAUUGCACUGGAAACUAAAACUUUUAUUCGAUUAAAAUUGAAGUGUUGCGACAGUGACAUCAUAAGAAAUUAGUUGAUUUUUUUAAAAAAUGCCAUAAUUAGUGCAACUUCAACUUUUUUUGAAACAUAGGUAAAAACUGGAAUUAUGAACACAAUUUUAAGAUUUCUGUUUAUUUUAGCGUAUUUUUCAUUUCAACUGGCAUCAACCGAACAAUCAACGCGUGAACGGAUUGCGAUGCACAAAAAAUGGCUGGAGCAACGUGAACUGCGGAAAAAGCUGUUAAUACAAGAGCGAUUGGCCAGCAAUGGAACAAUUAAGGACUUUUGGCCAUCGCACUACCGUUAUAAACCUGAUGCAACAUCACAAAAUGAGAGAAAAUCUCGACGAAAACCGUUAGAUCUGCAAUUAAAGUCGAAACGAAAGAAACAACAACAGCCGAUCUUAGAAAAUUCCGUAAUGCCAAAUGAAUCAUACGAUAUUUCAACAACAUUCGCGCCAACAACAACACUCCUUCCAUUAACUUCAUAUGUGACAGAACAGACAACCACAGCUGGCAUAACAAAAUCAACGCAAGAACUACAAGCUACAAAUCUCGCAGAGAACACAACAUCGGAAAUCAAUGCAAACGCACACAUCAAUGACCGAAUGAAUUUGAAUGAAACCACAAACAGUCAAACCACUAUAAUUCCGUCAACCACAACCGAACAUUCUAUCACGUACAAUGUAACGGCUCACAAUACAAAAGGUGUUCGGCCAGCUAAUCGAUUGAAAGGAAAUAAACAAUCGAACGCAAUUUGGGGACGAUGGCAAAAAUGGACAAAAUGUUCACGCAGCUGUGGUGGCGGUGUCAUGUCUCAAUCGAGAUUCUGCCUAAACCGAGAUACAACAUUGAAAAAUCGAACCAGCAACGAAUGCAUUGGACUUUACAAGAGAUACCGGAUUUGUAAUGAACAGAGUUGCCCCGACGAUGAACUUGAUUUUCGAGACCAACAAUGUAUGUUUUACAAUAAUCAAUCGUUUUAUGGUAAAAUAUAUUCGUGGGAAUCGUACAUCGCUGAUGAUGCGGAGUGUGAACUGAAUUGUAAACCCAUUGGUAUGGAGUACUUUGCAAAGUUAAAUGAUAUGGUUAUUGAUGGAACUAGUUGUUCGUGGCCCGUUGAUUUUGUGCGACAAAAUCACAGUGGACGUGCUAUGUGCGUUGAAGGCAGUUGUAAGGCCAUUCACAACAGUGGAAUAUUAACCGGGGCGUUCAUGAACAAUGGGGCUGUUCGAUGCGGAAGCACCGUUUGUAACCAAGUUAGCAAAACAUUCACCGAAAAUCCAUUACCAAUUGGUUACUAUGACAUCGUGACCAUUCCGGCCGGAGCCUCAAAUAUUUCAAUUCUCGAGCUUAAAAAUAGCGAAAACUAUUUGGUGUUGAAGCGUGAUCAUUCGUUUAUCAUCAAUGGAGACAAUAUCAUAUCGGAUAGCGGUGUAUACAGAGCAGCCGGUGCUGUAUUUGACUAUCGCCGCAUUGACGACGCAAUUGAGACUAGCGAUGAAAAUUCAGAGGGUGUUACCGAAUGGAUUACGGCAACAGGUCCAAUCAGAGAAGCCGUUCAUUUGAUGGUAUUGAGUCAAAGUAAAAAUCCGGGAAUAAAAUAUGAGUAUUUGAUUCCUGUAAAUCCACCAUCAUCAUCUUCUUCGUCAACUAUUGAUGAAAUGCCACGUAGUGUUGAAAUGGAAGCCGAUAUGCCCCCGGAUGCUGAAACAAAACAAACUGAAAGCGAAAAACGAAAGAAAAAACACACGUACAGUUGGCGUGUUGUAAGCUUUUCAACAUGUUCAAAAACUUGCGGUGGUGGAACAUUGUCACCAAUUAUUCGUUGCGUUCGUGAAGGCACAUCAAAAUUCUUCAAUCACAAACGGUGCGCUAAUCAAGCGAAACCAAAUUUAAAUGAAAAUAUACUUCGUUGUAACACUCAACCAUGUCCAGCAUUUUGGAAAGUUGACGAAUGGAGUGCUUGUAACUGUGGUUUACCCAAUGAAAAUGAUUAUCAAACCAGAGAGAUAAAAUGCGUUCAAGAAUUGGGCUCUGGCAUUGUAAUUCACGUGAAUGAAGGUGCUUGUGUUGAAAAGCAACCGGAUACGCGUCAAGAGUGCAAUUGUCCAAAACAACAAACCACAUAUUAUCGUCAUUCCCACAAAGGAAAGGAUAAAGGUCAUCAUCACCACCAUCAUUCACAGCCAAUUACAUUGAUUGGAAAUUCAACGAUUGGAAAGCGAGCUCAUGUUUUGGAAGGUCGAAAACCUGGGGUGUGGAUCGCGAGUGAUUGGAGUGAACAGUGCUCAACGAAAUGUGGUGAAGGAACUCAAUACCGUUCAAUAUUCUGCGAUCGUUCACCGAAAAAUGAUCGAUGCGACAUUAGUCUAACUCCAGACACAACCAGAUCAUGCACGGAAACGGCUCGCUGCAAUGUUGGCGAUUGGUUUAUUGGCCCAUGGAGCAAUUGCUUUGGCGAUUGUUUCAAUUUGAUGCGAUCUCGUUCGGUUUUAUGCAUUAAAGACGAUCAAAUUGUGGGCGAUUCGAUGUGUGUCGAUUCAAACAAUGUGGAAAGUACAACAAAACCAAUUACAAUUGAAAAAUGUGAGCAGAAAGAUGUAUCUUAUUGCAAACCAAAAUGGCAUUACUCUGAAUGGACGGAGUGUUCCCGAAGCUGUGGUUCCGGCACUCAACGGCGAGUUGUAAAAUGUUUCGAGCCAGAUGUGAAAGAGACGCUAUUAAAGGAUUCAGAUAAAUGCCGUUAUAUCGAACGAACACCAGCGUUUAGAAGUUGCAACACACAUGAAUGCGAUGGAAAAUCAUCUGAAUUGGAAGAAGCGACUGAGGCUCCGAAAGUUAUUGUACCAACAAAAAAACAUAUUGAACCAAAAGUUCGGCUCAUUCAAAAUGACAGUACACCAAAGUGUGAAGAUCGUUAUAAAAACUGUAUGUCGGUAGUAAAAGCAAAAUUAUGCACCUAUGAAUAUUAUAUCGAAAAUUGCUGUGCGUCCUGCAAAGAAGCCGUUCUUCUGGGCUACUGAAGCGGUUUUUUUUUCGAUUUUGUGGAGAACAUUAAUUUAUUUUAUUAAAAAAAAUCAAAUAAAUCUUCCGAUAGAUUGAAUGAGAGAUGCAAUGGAUGAAAGAACUUUCGAAUGGUUUGCAAAUUGUGCCCGUAUUUAAUUAAAGCAUAAAGUAUUGUCUCGGUUGUCGUUGCAAAACUAACAUUUUAACAAAUAAAUAAAAUGACUGUCGUGAUCUGUUUAUUUUUCGUAUUCAAUUGGUAGACUAAUUCAGAAAUCAACAUAAAAAUAUAAUACCGUUUUCACCACCAGCAUUAAGAUUAUAAUCGUUUAAUAUAUAAGCCAUCCAUUCGAACUUAAGCAAUUGAUUUUAAGAGAUUUCAAAUUUCAUCAAGUUACCGCUACAACAUGGACCAGUGAUCGUGGGUAAUGACAACAAGAUCGACAAUUAUAUCAAUGCUAAAGUUUUGUUUCGAUUCCAGAUCUUCUUUUGAAUACACAGACACCGGUUUCAUCAUCCAUUCAUUUUUCAUAAUAUUUUUAAGCCAUUGAAAUGAGAAUGCAUUUUCAGGUGUCAUAAAAGCCUGCAAUACGUAAAUUCAAAAAUUGAUUUAAUUUGUCUGUGCACUAUCUAAAAUUGUUUUGAUUUGAUUUAA